UUCGAUGGAAACCCGCGUCUUUUCAAAUUUGCCAUGAAUCGUAUUCCUACCUCUAGUUUCUAUGGAAACAGUCUAAAAGGAUACACUCCACCUGCAUUGCGAGAAGACGCUAAGAAACUUUAUCGAGGUCUCUCAACAGCCAAGUGCUUUCAUUUUCCCACUCAGAGCGCUGCUUUAGAAGCAGCAGCGAAGCUUCCAGGAUUGGAGUUGUUCGCUGAAGAUUUGGAUUCUUCUGGAACAAGACAUUACUUAUUGGCUUCCUACAGUGACUUUUGGGAAAUCUACAGGAAAAGAACCAGCAAGCAUUUUUAUGAAGUGAUAAGAGAAAACGUAUCUUGUAAACUUUAUUUUGAUCUGGAAUAUAUCCGAGCUUGCAAUACCCACGUUCAAGAGCAGGUAUUGGUGGAUUCCAUAUCGAAGUUAGUAAAAGAAGGAUUGAAGCAAAUACUGAAAAGAAAAGAAUCUUCUUUGCUUCCUUACCUGAAAUGUCUAGUUUUAGACUCUUCUUCUCAGGAAAAGUUUUCAAAGCACAUCAUCUUUCCAAAGAUAGUCUUUCCUAAUAACAGAAUCACUGGAAAGUUUAUAUCUAAAUUGUUACAAAUGAGCGAUAUUUCUUCCCAUUUUUUGGUUUUAAAGCCGAGUCGUGAUGAAAUGCAAACAGUUCUUGCAAUAGAUUUGAGCGUCUACAGUCGGAAUAGAUGUUUUCGUAUUCUAGGUUCCAGCAAAAUGGGUGAAAACAGACCCUUAACCAUAGGACAAUCUAUGAACCAAGAGUUAUUGCAUGAAACUUUGAUAUGCUAUUUUUACCCAGAUGAUGUAAUUUUAAUAGAUGAAGCUCAAAUUGACUAUAUUCAACCACUCAACGACUCCUUUGAGAUACCAUUCACUCUUAAAAGUUCUUUGUUGCCUAACAAAUACAAUGACACAUUUGCUACAUCUAAUAGUAAGUCAUCUCCAUUUCCUGAAAUAGACAAGUUUAUCGAGUCGGUGAUAUAUGAUCGGCAAGUGAAGGGCUCCAUAAGAAACGUUUUGUUCUUUUCAUCGUCUCUCAAGUUGGUAUAUAAUAUUCAAAAAUAUAGAUAUUGUCAUCACAUUGGGCGUCAUCAUAAAAGUAAUCAUAUUGUAUUGAUAGUAGAGUUGAAUACUAUGGUUUACUAUCAGAAAUGUUUGGAUCCAGAGUGUCGAGCUAUUGACUAUCGCUCUCCUCCUUUACCUUUGCCAGAGCAUUUGUUACAAAACUUCCCUUUGAAAACUGAUUUUGAAGCUUCCAAGUAAUCUUUUUGUGAGCUUUUGAAGUGAAUAGAAAGAGCGUAUUUUGUAAAGUGAAGGCAAGAAGAUAUAUAACUUGAUAUGAGGUGAAAUGUUGAGAUACCCUUAUGAGGCCUUGUCAAGUGCUAUUAUCCAUAUGUAGUUUGUAAACUGGAAUAAAAGAAACAAGCACGGUUAUAA